GUCGAUGUUUGCCGAAGCGCAACACGUAAUCAGAAUUGACGCUCGGGCUGGCUCAGCACGGGAAAAGCUUCAACACAACGAAGCAGGAUUAGCCAACACUCGCACGUGGAGAUCAAGUUUAUAAAUCGCAUUGAGAGUUCGUUUGGCCAUGAUCGCCACAUGAAUACAGUGACGGAAGGAAGUUUUGUCAUUUCAGCAAAAGUUUCACCAAAACAAGGUAGGGUUCUCACACCUGCUCAGUCUCGCUUCGGAUUCCUCGGCUGACAGCAGCCAAAGUAACGUUGGCGGAUACACUUUAUUAGUUUUCCUUUUUCGAAGUGAAUUAUGUUUGAACUCAUGACGUGGAACGAGAUCGUCGAUAGCUUGAUUUCUGAGGGGAAACUGAAGAAAGCCGCCAUUUUCGAUCUAAAUGGCGAAAAGUUGGCCGGGACGAGCGGGAUAAACAUUACCGGGCAAGAAGCGGUGGGCAUUCUCAAGUCCAUGGUGUUCCUCACGACAAAUAUAUUCAGCCUGUUUGUAGAGGCGAUCCAGUACAGCUGUUUCGCCGUGGAUAAAGAUACAGUGAUCGGGAGAAACUCCGAUGGUAUCUUUGUGGCACAGCGGAGCAAAGAUGUUUUGAUCUGUGGAUUUACUGAUGUCACGUCGGAGGUGUCCUGCUUGGGCGGGGUGAGGAAUUUUGCCACCAAGUUGACGGAUCAAGUUGGGCCCGUUGUCGCUGCCCCGAGCCUCAUGUGAUAUACAAGUUGUUUCAAAAUUCCA